GUCCAUGUUAAGACUUUGUGCUCUUGUCAUCUCUGCGGCGAGCUGGCUGUCUUUCUCAUGGUGGUAUUGCGCGUUGGUCAAUUUUUCCAGCCCUCACAGACGUAGAGCCUUAUCAGCUUGUCCGCAUCAACCCUCGAAGUGAAUCUGCUUCUGAAGCGAGCAAACGGAGGUGGAUCUGCAUCUAUAGCUUUAAGCUGCUGAAGAAGCUACGGGUAAACAAGAUCUUAGCUGCAUUAGGAAGUUGCCGCAAGCAGUCAAAUUGUGGUUUGGCCGGAUCCUGCCAUACCAUGCUAAUCAUACCCAUUAAGCCAUACGCACAAUCGAGGUUGACGUCGACCUGCGUCUGCUCUCGACUUGACGGAUCAGUGCAGAAACACCACAUGAUAGCGGGACGGCGUUUGGUCGUCGCAUCGCAGGUGUGAUGCAGUCUCAAGCUGCUGUCUUGCAGGCCGCCCUGAAAACCCACAUGGAGCUUCCAAUUACUGGGCCCGGCAUGUCGCAACCAACACAUUGGGCAGACUACACCUGGCUGGUGACGAAAAUCGACAGAGAAAAGGGUGGCCGUCGCAUAGUAUCGAUGAGAGUCUUAAUGCUAGGAAUGAAAGGCCGGCAAUAGGAUGUUCGGGGCCCAUAGUCAGGCGGAAACCGAUGUUCGGCUAACAAUCGUGAUGCCAACAUGCGUUGCGCUUCGUCUCCUGGGCAUUAACGAAUGCUACCAUGGCUGGCAACCACUCUUCGAGAAGCCUCGCCAAAACAAAAUGUGGUUAGAAGUGCUUGAGGCGAAGAUCGAUGGCAAGAGAAACCGUAUGGCCACGCUGAUUUCGUCAAGCUCCUAGGACGCGGUCUGGGUAUUUCUGACACACCUGCAGUCCUGUUCGUCGGCGAGCUGAUACAUGCGUAUCCGGAAGCAAGGCUGACCCUAACAUAUCGGGAUUCUGACGCCUGGUACAAGUCAAACCUGGAAACAGUGGGAAAGCUUAUCGAUCAUCCUCUCACCAAAACUCUGAUACCGGUUGAACCUGCUCUUCG